AUGGCUCAGAAUUCCGGAGACCAGGCUAACGACCAGCCAACGGAGACAUCAUCGUUGAUACCAAAGACUGGACCCACGCCAGCUGAGGAGAACAACGAACAUCAGCAGCACGAUGGCAGCGAUCUCGAGCGUAUGCCAAGCGCUGAGGACCGUCAGAAGCAGUAUGAAGGCAUGCCUCAAGUACGAAAGCAGAUGAAGGUCAUAGUCCCGGCCAUCGCCAUCGGUGUCUUCCUAGCGGCAGCAGACCAAACCAUCAUCGUCUCUUCUUAUGCCAGGAUCGGGUCUGACUUGGGCCAAUUGAGUCUGGCAAGCUACAUCGCGACUGCAUACUUUUUGACACUAACAUCUUUCCAACCACUCUAUGGCAAACUUAGCGACAUAUUUGGACGCAAGGCCUGCUUAUUGUUCGCCUACAGCGUGUUUGGCAUUGGCUGCAUCCUCUGUGGUCUGGCGCAGAACAUGCAGCAACUGAUCGCCGCCCGAGCUUUUGCUGGAAUCGGCGCGGGUGGCAUGAACACAGUGGUCAGCGUGCUCCUCAGCGACAUCAUCCCACUACGGGACCGUGGCACAUGGCAAGGCUACAUCAACAUUGUCUUCUCCAGCGGCGCAGCAGCUGGCGCACCGCUUGGAGGCUUCUUAUCGGAUAGCGUUGGCUGGCGAUGGGCCUUUUUGUGCCAAGCUCCACUAUGUGCCGUGGCGUUCGUCGCUGUGACAUUCGCACUCAAAUUACCGAAGCAAGACGAAGUUGACUGGAAGAAGAAGCUGGCACGGAUAGACUUCCUUGGCGCCAUCGUCCUCCUUAUCGCUGUAUCUCUUCUUUGUCUGGCUCUAGAUCGAGGCAGCAACGUGAGCUGGAAAGCAACCAUCACCAUCGUCUCCAUCAGUGUGUCGAUACCACUCUUCCUCCUCUUCGUCUUCGUCGAGACAAGGGUGGCCAAGGAGCCAUUCGCACCAGGUCACAUCAUCUUUAACCGGUCAAUGAUCGCAUGCUACCUAUGCAACUUCUUCUCCAUGGCAGGCUAUCUAGCAGCGCUCUUCUACAUACCGCUGUACUUCCAAGCGAUCGACGGUCUCUCGGCGACAGGAGCUGGAAUCAGGCUCAUCCCAGGCAUUUUCUGCUUGGUGAGCGGUAGUCUCUUCGGCGGCUUCUAUAUGAAAGCACGUGGAACGUAUUAUUGGCUUACGGUGGCCUCAUAUAUUCUAUUGACUCUUGGCACAACGGGAGUCUUCUUGUUCUCUGGUAUCAUUGUCAACAGUACAGCUGGAAUCAUCGCUGGCUUGAUGGUGGCAGCUCUGGGAAAUGGUACCGGAGUGACUACAACGCUCAUCGGCCUCAUCGCAAACGCUAGCCGCGAAGACCAAGCAGUGGCGACAGCAUGCUCGUACCUCUUCCGUAGCCUGGGCAGUGUGUUCGGCAUCUCGAUGUCAGCGACCGUCUCCAACCAAGCGCUACGGAGCAGCCUUGCAGAGCAACUUCCCGCCUUGGGUUUGCCCGAAGAUAAGGCGUUGGAGAUAGCCGAGAACGUGAGGCAGAGCUUGGUUUUCCUGAGACAAUUAGAACCGCGUGUGAGAGAAGUGGUGACGAAAUGCUAUGCCAAUUCUACCUCAGCAGCGUUUGGGCUACAAAUCGCCUUGGUCGCCGGCGCAGCGGUCAGUGCAUUCUUUAUUAGAGAGAAAGCUUUGAGUAAAUAG